UUAAGCUAUGGCUGUCGAAUUGUCGAUCGACAAGCGUAAGCCGUGGUGUAGUAUUAAGAUUUAGUUAAUAUUUUUUGUGUAAAAUAAUGUCUAAUGUAAGUUGAAUAUUAACUAUUCGACAAAUACAAAGUAUGGCAUUGUGGGGCUGAUAAGUGUUGUGAUUAAGGGGCGGUUUUCGUCCUUGUAAGCUCCAUAUACAAUAAUUGCUUUGGUGAGAUAAAACUACUACAGCUGAAAUAAAAUUGGCUACAAAGAUGGCACAAGUAGGAGCUAAUAUGGAGUAUCAGGAAUAUAAGUGGGCUUAUUCAAUUAUGGAUUCUUCAAAAGUAUCAGCAUGCCUUAUUUCUAUGCUGCUGAUAGUAUACGGCAGCUUUCGUUCUCUAAACAUGGAGCGGGAGGCAAGAGAGAGGGCAGAGAAGGAAAGAGAGGCAACUCUACUCGGCGGCAAGCCUUCGACUACCUCCUCUUCUAACAGUAAUGUACAAACGUUGAGCACGAUGCAAGCACUGUGCUUCCCGCUAGGCUCGUCCGUGGCGCUGCUCAUCAUGUUUUUCUUCUUUGACUCCAUGCAGACUCUCGUUGCUAUUUGCACAGCUAUAAUAGCGUGCGCGGCGCUGGCGUUCCUGCUGACGCCGCUGUGCCAGUACGUGGCGGGCGGCUCGUCGCGCGCGCUGUGCGGCCGCUACUCCGCGCCCGAGCUGGCCGCCGCGCUGCUCGCCGCCGCCAUCGUCGCCGUGUGGGUGCUCACCGGCCACUGGCUGCUCAUGGACGCUAUGGGAAUGGGUCUGUGCGUAACGUUCAUCGCACUAAUCCGGCUACCUUCGCUGAAGGUUUCAACGCUAUUGCUGACGGGACUGCUACUUUACGAUGUGUUUUGGGUCUUUUUCUCUUCAUAUAUUUUCACCACGAAUGUGAUGGUCAAAGUGGCUACAAGGCCAGCGGAAAACCCAAUGAACGUGGUUGCGCGCCGGCUGCAGCUAGGCGGCGCCAUGCGGGACGCGCCCAAGCUGUCGCUGCCCGCCAAACUAGUUUUCCCCUCUAUGCACCACCAGGGACACUUCUCCAUGCUGGGUCUUGGUGACAUCGUAAUGCCGGGCUUACUACUGUGUUUCGUUUUGAGAUACGAUGCCUAUAAAAAAGCGACGCUUGUUUGUCAAAUGGGCCAAGUACCCGGCCCUCGAUCUAUGGGUUCCCGUCUAACCUACUUCCACUGCUCGCUACUGGGUUAUUUCCUGGGGCUGCUGACGGCCACGGUGUCAGCGGAGGUGUUCAAGGCAGCGCAGCCUGCUCUGCUGUACCUCGUGCCGUUUACGCUUCUACCGCUGCUCACUAUGGCCUAUGUUAAGGGGGAUCUCAGAAGAAUGUGGAGCGAACCGUUUAUAGCACCUACGACGGGCAAAUUAGGAGCUGAUUUCGAUGUGUGACUGCCUUGUUAAUCUACAUAGGAACACAGCCAGAGGCCACAACAUCUUCAGUUAGGUCUAACGUCUACUUCUUAAUAUUUAUCAAUUUAGACAUUCAAAAUGUUGAUUAGAAAUAUACAGGAAGUAGAUACUAAAAAUAUGGUAAAGUAUUAUGAGUUAAAAGGCAAGGUAUGCUGUAAGUAAUGCUCUUUUUUAUUAUGAAAGUAGAAAGUUAUUGCUUAUAAGUAAAAAUGAUUUGUUAAACUAUUGAAGUGGAAACUUUCAAAACUAGUUGUCAUAUAAAAAUCCGAUAUCUUGUAUAAAAUAUCUUGCUUUACAAACCUAACUGCACUUGCGCAUUGGCCUCAGUGAACAUUAAUUUGUUUAUGACAGAGAUAAUAUAAAGACAUAAGAUGUAUGUUAAGGUUAGUUGGUAUGCUUCUAUUUUGUUUUAAAAAUGGUCAGAAGUUACAGGAGAUGGUAAUUUUAAAUAAGUGAGUUAGAACAGUGAAAGGAUAUGACUAUGAUGAUGAUUUAAUGUUAUUUCUAUUAAACUCUUACUCAAUUUUUAACGGAAUAAAAAAUAAUUGGUGAUAAAUGUGUAUUUCGAUGAAUUUUUUUGUAAAAAAACUAUUUAGAAAACAAGGGAGCCAAUUAAUCAUUUUCAUCAAAUGGUGUAGUAUAAUUAAUUGCCCUUUCAAUUUAUCGAUUGCUAAAGAGAAUAUGCAUGUAGCUAAAUAAAAAUGUAACUUUUUAUAAAUAUGUGAAGGUAGCUUUUUGUGGGAACUGUUUUAUUUCCCUUUAUAAAAUAUUCUCUAAACAUUCACCCAAAAAGUAAAAUAUUUGUAUACCUCAUAAAUGAUUUAAUGUAAGAAGUACAUUUUUGUACCAUCCACAUUAUAAUGAACUAAAUAUAUUUUUACAUCUAUUUUUCUUUUUUUAAUUUAAGAUUGUGUUUAGCUUAUUUCAAAAUUGUGAAGUCGCAGACGAAAUGUACCUAGCCUAUGUACCUAACAUUUUUGAGAUUAUAGAUUUUUCUACAUUAUUUAUACACCAACUAUUGUUGACUUAUGAAUGUCACACUAUAAUAAUUUAUAUUUAAUCUGUUUAAACGAAAAUUAUCAAAGUAUUUUGUAGAAAAUAUGCAUAUUCUCGAUUAGAGAAAAUAACAAGCUCGUCACACUUUUCAUUUCGCUGUCUUUACUGAUAAUUAUACAGCAUGCCAAACAACAGACUCAGACACAACUGGUUUCAGACAAGGACAUAUAUAGCAUCUCAAAAAUCGCGCCUCACUACAUAAUUUAAUAGUGCAGAAUUGCUUUGAAACAAUUCUUCAAUAAUAUUUACAUUAAAAGCAAAACAUUUCUCUAGAUUUUUUAAAACUUUUAUUAUAAUAAAUUAAUAUAAAGUAUUGAGAAUAAACCAAAUAUUAGAAUGAACUAGGUUCUCAGCACUCAUUUUAGUUUCUUGCAACUUGAAAGUAGCUUAACAGAUUAAUAUUGUUAUACAUACUUGAAACCACCUUUCAUGAAUCUCAUUUAAAGUUAACUGUGCAGAUGCCAUGUUUUCUGUAUACCUUUAUACUUAUAACUAAUGAUAUAAAUUUCUCAAAUUAAGACUAAUUUAAGCAUUUUUUUAAAUGAUAACAAUUAUAAAAUAUGUAAUAUUUAAGUUUGGACAACCAUUCAUUUCUUUAAAAACACUUACAUUGUCUGAUGACUAUUGCACCUUGUUAUAAGAGUUAUGAAAAUGAAUUGAAUGAAAAAAAGCUACAUAAGAUUUAUUUAUUUGGUAGAUAUAUUGAUCAAACAUCUAAAUUAAUGCCCGUCAUAAAUUAUUAAAAUACCUUUUAUUAUUAAUUGAAGUAGUUUUUAAUAUAAAGGUAUAUGAGUUCUAAGGUUUAUUUUGUCAUUAUGAACAAAACUUUAUUAUCACUGCCUUAGACUGAUGUUUUCAAUGAAGAUUUUUUCUAUAUGUUAAAGGAGUAUUAUAAAAAGAUAAUACCCUAACUAGAAUUUAGGCUAAAUUGUUGUUGUAAUUAUAGCAACCCUAAUGUUGUAAAAUAUUUGAUUGAAUUUAAUAAAUUUAUUUUAGAUUUAAGUGAACAGAGUGUAGAGGAUAAUGUCAAACUUUUUUUACUAAUAUUUUUCCUUUUUUUAUUAUCCUUUAUUAGAUUUAUGAUAUGAAACUAAUAAAUAUUGAACAGUAUUGUUUUGUAAUGGUGAUAUAAUUUUAUUGAGGCUUUUACAUGAUGGUUUGUCGAAUAGAUUCCAAUGUUUUAUUUUAUAGCAUAAUUUUUUCCUAACCACCUUCCAGUGGACUUAUUGUGUGAUCAUGUAUCUAGAAAAUUGUGUUUGAUAUUAAAAACGACCGAAUAUAUAAGAUCUGGCUAAGUUUGUUGCUUUUGUAAUUGAAUAUUUCGUAUUUGUUUUUGGAAUAUUUUUAAAGAGAUAAUAUCAACUGUUUUUCCAUUGUGUACAUAAGAUAUUGUGAAAUUGAUGUAAUAUGUCACUGUCUCAUCACAUCUAAAGUGUUAAUGUAUAUAUUGCCCACACAUGACAUUCUACUUAUCCACAAGUAUGGAAAAAUACAUUUAAUAUUUUUAUAUGUAAGUGAUGGUUGGUAACAAUGCUUAAUAAAAAUAUUAAAUGAGAA